AUGGGAACCAAGAACCUGCGUACGACAGCUUACCAUCCAGCGGCGAACGGCAUGGUCGAGAGAUUACACCGACAACUAAAGGCAGCAAUUAAGUGUCACGAAAACGACGGAUGGGCCGAGGUCUUACCGAUUGUCCUUUUAGGUAUUCGAGCCUCAAUAAAAGAAGAUAUGAAGGCGAGCUCGUCUGAAUUGCUUUAUGGAACGACACUUCGGUUACCAGGCGAAUUUUUCCAAUCGAACACAAAGGAAAGCAACUCAGAUUUUGUGAAAGACCUUCGGAGGAAAAUGAGCCAGUUAAAACCAGUUCCAGGGACAAGGCAUGGGACAAGAAAAACAUUCAUUUUUAAGGAAUUAUCGUCUUUACCCUUCGUCUUCAUCAGACACGAUGCAGUACGAGGCCCUCUUCAACCACCCAACGACGGACCGUUUGAAGUAGUGCAGCGAUCUCCAAAAUUCUAUACGGUUUUAGUAAAAGGAAAACAAGUCAAUGUUUCCAUCGAUAUAUUAAAACCGGUGUUUGUACUUGGAGAAACGACGAAAAAAGAAAACGUAAAUAAUGAAGAAGCUGGACACGGCAAAGACGCCGAGGAACGGCAACCUCAACGACCAGAACAGCAACCACGUAGAAGAGAGGAACAGGCUCGCUUUAACACACGAUCAGGCAGAAGAGUUCGUUUCCCCGAACGGUUGCAAGCAGGUUUUUGA